UGGAAAUAAUGGAAAGAUAAGAUAUGGUACCAGUAUGUACCAGUUCACUUUUCCAGAUUUUAUAAUGUUGGGAAUCAGGGCCAAGACCAUUCAUCCUCACGUCCCGAACUUGCGGGGCUCAUCCCGCCGAAUUUGAAAGCCCAAAAGGCUCACUCCUCGCUGCACUUGAGGCAGAGGCCCAGAGGCCUUGCAGUCGACCUUUUUGGGUUUCAAGGCCUCUGCCUUGAGGCUUCCAGUGGAUGUGGCCGCUGCUGGUGAGGAACUUGAUCGCCACCUGGGUCAUCUGCGGAUUCUGGGAUUGGCCUCUUCCUCCGAAGUGGGAGGGAGGGUUUCGAGGGAGGCUUUUAAGGCUGUGCCACUCAAUUGAUGCAUUCACCAGAUUUGUGGUUCUGUUCUCAGUUCUCAGGGUCUUGCUUCGGGAUCAUGGACGAGAAGUCAUGCUGCAGUUUCAAAGGCAACCACAUGGCGUGAGUGAACGAGGAGUGCGAAGCAGUUUCGUGGUUUAGGACCAAGAGCAGGCAACCCUGACGUGCCAGAUCAAUGCUGGCCAGAUUGGGAUGUCUCUCACAGUAGAAUGAUGGUGUUGUCAGUUUGGUUUCCCUUUUACCAGGGGUUGUGUUGCAUUGAGACGAGCUCCACUUUUGAAUUUUUGACAAUACUAUGUCAUCAAUGAAAGGGCGUUGUGUUUGUGGGGAGGAUUAUGUCAGAUAUCUAGACUCCAUGUGUUUUGUGCCAUGCUUGCUACACUUGUCACCACAGUGGCAUUGUGAAUAGUAUGAUAUAGAGAUGUCACUCAACCACCCAUUUUUGCAGCAAACGCACUCAUGGAAGGACAUUCGGCCUUCUUUUGAACAUUGCAUAGGACAUUCGGCCGAGGUUCCUCUACCUAUCUCCGAUGAAGGAGGUGCUUCGCCCCUUCAAGAUGAACCCGAAGUACCCCCCGUUGCGGCAGCUGCAGCACGACGCGUUGCACACCACGCUGGCCACGUUGUGUGGCUCUGGGGUGGAGAUCCUUUUGUGCCGCUUGUGGGCCACCGGCAUGUUGCCCAUGCAAGAGACACUUGCGGAGGCACCUCUCUGGACCUUGCUGUGGGCCGCCACCAUUGUGCAUUGGCGUAUCCCCCACUUCUACUUGAUGCACCGCGGGAUGCAUCCGUGGAGGACUACUCGUGUUCCUGAUUUUGGGAAGUUUUUGUACCGCCACGUGCAUGCCCAGCAUCACAAAUCCUAUUUGCCCACAGCCUUCUCUGGCACCAACAUGCAUCCGGUGGAGGCCACGUUAUACUACUUGAUGCCUUCACUUUUCAUGGCCUACCUCUGCCGCCUGCACCCCGCAGUGGCCUUGGGCUGCAUCUUUGACUGCGCCGUCGGCGCCUGGCUGGGCCACGAUGGCUUCCGGUGGCCGGGGGCCGGGGAUUUCUUUCACCAGCUCCACCACGAGCAUUUCGACUGUAACUAUGGGGCGCAGCACAUUCCCAUUGACAAGUGGCUAGGGACCUACUGUGGCAGCAAAGCAGACGCUCGGGGAAGCAUCGCGUGAUGGAAGAUGUUUCAAGGCUUACUGUAAGGGCCGAGGCACGCAGAAAUCCAAACGAAAAGAACUCGAGGCCUGCAGCUUGCCUGCAGGUUGGAUUUCGGUUGAAAUUUGUAUGGGCUGCCAAGCAGAUCCGGAAAAAGGCAUGGACAUUUCUCUGGGCCCUCGUCGACCGUCGCACGCCAAGCCAAGCAGUUCCUCUUGGAUCCGCCGACCGCGGUCGGUUCGGGCUCCCGGACGUCGACCGAGCCGACGCCCGAGGACUUGAAGAAGGUGUGGGGCACCAGCAGCUCGGUGGGGCGAGAGGGCAACAUGGAGUGCACCCAAGUGUGGGACUGCAAGUGAAGGAGCAGAAUUCCACCGUGAAAGACACAAAAGACCGCUUUCCAAGGCCGCUGAAAGACAGACGCCCACGCAAGGAUUGGGCCGAUUGGAUGGGUUUUGCGUUCGUUUCUGGUGUGAAAGGCCCCGCCGCACCAGCAACAACAACAGGGAGAGAGGUUUUAGCAAAGUUUAAGCAGAACGUUAGCGCGUCAGAGUUUGUUUCAGCGUGAAUCUGGAACAUCACAUCAAGCUUUCGGCUUCCUCUGGAUUUGAUGCGCUUUGUUUUGCAAUGUUUCAGUGUGAAUUGGAUUCAGAUUCCCUGCGUAACCUGUGAUCCCAACAGGCGUGUCAAGUCUUUGGUGGGAGAUUGUCCCCACAGGAGAGCCUCGCAGGGAGGCUGUCGUCGGCCUCGAGCCCAAAGUGUUGGUGACCGCCAGACUUUUGAAGGGCUUUUAUGGUCAGACCUUGGCCAUCACGUGCGGGAUGGUAAGCAUCCUAAA